CAAGUUUCAAAAAAAUUGCAGUGGGCCGACCUCCUCCGUUCAGAUUUCCAAUUCUGCGGGCAUUGGCGGCACGAAAAACACUGUUUUCCGGAAACGAUUACAGACGCAAUUAAUCAAUCAGAUGGUGAAAGGAAGCCAGAACCUACCGGCGGAUGUGAGUCAAGUGAUCGAUCAGCUAGAGCGUCACUGCUUAGCCCCCGAUGGCUCGCUUGUCUCCAAAUCUGCCUACUACGAUCUUCAACUCGCGAGAGAGGAAAUGUCGAGAGAGAGAUUGCGAUACUUGGAAGCAAUGGCAAUUUACUGUGAAGCAAUUGCAAUGGUGGAAGACUAUCAGCAGGCUGUUUCCGUGGCUAAUCUUGGAGGGAUUCGGGAUGUGCAGGGUUUAUACCCCCAACUUGGCUUAAAGAACCCUCCUCAGGUUUAUGAGACUCUAGAGCACAGACUUGUUGUUGCAGAAGCAGCUCAAAGAUUAAGACUUCCACUGAUAUCUAAAGAUGGUGAAAUUCAUGAGGAAGAAAUUGAAAAGUGGAGUAUAAUGUCAAGAAGUUCACUAGAUAGUACCAGUACCAGUCUCACAAUCAGCUCAAGUUCAAACUCGCUAAAUUAUUCAAAUAACGCCGCUGCUGCAACAAGUAGUGCUAGUGAUGCAGUUGAACCAGGAGUUGGUGGCGUACCUAAUCGCUUUCUUGGAAUAACACCUGCUUAUUUAUGGCAAAAUCAGCUUCAGCAUACGUUUUCAAUGGAUAUGACGAACUACCAAUUGUGUCUUGCACGGGAGAUUGAGGCUCGAUUAAAUGCUAAAUGUGACAAGUUAGCAGAUGCCUUUGUUGAUGACAUUGACUCAUCUUCUGGAAAUCAAAGUUCAAGUGCUCAGCUUCCAGAAAGGGUUAAGUUGAUAAUUGAGGAGAUAGAAAGGGAAGAAGCAGCAUUAAGGGAGGACCUAUAUUCUGCAGAUAGGAAAUUUGCUGAAUAUUACAACGUCUUGGAGCAAAUACUUGGAGUGCUCAUUAAGCUUGUCAAAGAUUUGAAAUUGCAACAUCAACAUAAAUAUGAUGAAUUACAAAAGACUUGGUUGUGCAAACGCUGUGAGACUAUGAGUGCAAAAUUGAGGGUUUUGGAGCAUGUUCUCUUGCUUGGAACUUAUACACACGAGUCAAUACCAGCAUUACAUAAAAUAAGAAAUUAUCUCGUUGAGGCUACAGAAGAAGCUUCUGCUGCUUAUAAUAAAGCGAUCACGCGUCUCCGUGAAUACCAAGGUGUGGAUCCACACUUUGACACAAUUGCAAGGCAGUACCAUGAUAUUGUGAAGAAACUGGAGAACAUGCAAUGGACAAUCCACCAAGUUGAGAUGGACCUCAAACGCUUACCAGAUCACCAGAGCUCGUGAGAAUCUGAUUGCCUUUGGUUCUACCUGUUGAAAAUUAUGUAAUUUUAUUGUAAUAGAGUUCAAGAAUUCAAUGCAUGAAUCCCACCCUUUUGAUUGUUUCGCGCCAUAGUGAAUGGAAAUGUCUUGUGUUCCUCGUUCUUUUGGACCAAAAUUCUCAACUUUUUUCACCUUUGAGACUCUCUAUAUGGCCAUAUAAUAUACCACGAAACAUGUU